AUGCUGUGUACGCCUCGAGGCCCAUUGGCCGGCCACUUUGCGGCUUACCAUGCUCGUCAAGAGGAACAUUGGCUCGCAUGACAUGACUUUCGUACCGGAGCCCAUCACAUCUCUCGCAUGAUUUGCAUUUUGGACAAGUCAAGAUCGCCGCCCUCUGAUAUACGUGACACUUGCCCGUUCCAUCGAACUCCUGUCUCCACAGGAUGAGUUCGACCUCCAGCAUAUUAAUCCCCCUCCGCGACAAGCUGUAACUCCCACAGCUUCAGCAACGAUGCUCCUCUCACUACCGGGCAAUCCUGCUCAUCUCCUCACUGUGAUUCUCUGUUUCUACUGUACCACAGCAGCCGCCCGACCCGGACUUUCGCCACAAUCGCAGUUGGAUAUCGCAGAUGUGAAGAAACGAGGAUUAUUGGAACCACCCGCACAUCCAGUGGAGAAGUCGAUAUUGCCCGCGCAAAUCUGCGGCAUUAUCGGCGCAUAUUGCGUCUCAGUUGUCGUGGUCGGAUUCUUGAUCCUCGUUAUCGGCCGACCCAAGAGACAGAGGGCCAUGGCUGGCGACCCGGCACCUGAAAUAGAAAUGACCAAGUCCCCGGCACAGGCAUUCGAUCCGUCGCCGGUAUCGCCUACAAGCACCUCCCGAUCGUGGAUCAAGGGCAAGCUCAACCUCACCCACAGCAUGAAAAAGAGCGUGACCAGCUUGACCUCUCGAGGCGGCAGCACUGCACCGAACAGUCGGGCUACCAGUCAACCGAAUAGUCCCGGCUUUGCCUCAUUUGACGAGAACAUCAUCCAGCGCGACAGAGAGGAUCGGCAAAAGGAGAUGGAUAGACUCUAUGCAGCGGUCAUGGAGCAUGACGCGAAGAAAGCGUCGCAGAGCGAAAUAUUCGCUAUCGAGGAUGAGGACGAAAUCCAACAGACACACCCUGAAGACGUACCAUGCAAUCCACAAGAUAAACGCAUUCUUCGCGUCAAGACGGACGCCGAACGACUCGACAUCCCCGGCCCACAUAGCCCAUCAAGUCCACGGAGCCCCAUCCGCGCCAUAUAUCCUCCGGAUAGCGAGGGUCCCAGCGGCCCGAGGAGUCCCACCUCCCCAAUCCGAGCCGGAGCCGGAUUCCAUCAAGAUCACCAACAUCGACAACAAGCCUUCCUCGCCAACCCUCCGACACAAACCGGCCCGCCGCCAACAUCACCGAAGCGGAACCUUCUCCGCCGGGAAAGUCGAACAUCUUCCAUGGGCUCUACAGCCAGCACAAGUAAGACGCGGAAAGCGCUCCGGAAUCUUCGCAUUAGUGCUCCCAUUCGCAAGGAGGAUGGCAGCGAGGACGAGCGCGCCCCACUAUCCCCACGCUUCUACAACCCUGGGCCGCCACCGGAACCUCCGUCAAACCCAAAUACACCGCACACAUCGCAGACUUUCGCCAGCCAGGGCACCAUGGAGUCCCCUCCCCUUCCUUCCGGCAUACCGCAGCCUCAGCCCCAGCCUCAACCCCAAGUCGAGGACUACGCCGAUGAGGAGCUCGACCAACCCGCACCCCUUCCCAACCCCGCCCCCCACCGCGGACCCUACAUGCACUCCCCUGACCCCGCCGCCCCCCGCCCCUUCAACAACUCCAAAUCCGCCUCCACCUCCAGCGGCGCGCUCCCUCUCCGCGCCAUGGGCGGCGACUCCUUCGCCCCCGAAGCCACCAAGACGACGUACGUGGAGCGGAAGCGCGAUCGGCUAAUGCAAGGGAUCCCACGGACGGUGCGCACGCCCAAUACGGCGGGGGUGCCGCAUACGCCGUAUAGUCCGUACAUGCCGUUCACGCCGAUUACGCCGGUGACGCCGCAUUUGGUGGGGCAGCGGGAGCGGAAGGAGAAGAAGAAGUGGGAGAAGAAGGUGUAUGGGAGUCCGACGGCGGAGCUGGUGAAGAGCCCGGCGGAGAUUUGGGAUGAUGGGUAUUAGGUUUCAUGGGGGAUUGACGGGGGAUUUCGUUUGGGGGAUUUUGGGGAUACAAUUCUUAAAGGGAUUAUGGGAGUAUUGAGAAAUGGCUGAUGAUGAUCUUUCUUACCAAGGCAGGUAGGGAUACCUUGCAUUGUAAUAUUUUUAUAUUUUCUUGUAUAGCAGCGAGUUGUGGUUUGAUCCUUUGUGCAGGACGACAGCAUCACUCCUUAGUCCUUGCUUAGGAUUGGUAGACGUACAAAGAAACAUGG